CCUGUCAACAGCUUUGUCCAACUUCCGGUAAAAUGACGCUUUAUUUCUAGAGUAGACGUGUCUGUAAUUGAUUGAAUGCAAAGGGGGCUUUUAUCGCAGAAGAAUAAACAGAGAUGGAGUUCUAUGUAAUUUUAAAGAUUGUUUUCAUGACUUGCUGUGUUGUGGUUUUUGCAGGUACAACUGACAGGCCUAAAAAUAUGAGUGAAGAAAUGUACUGUUUGGGAUGUCAAGUUACUGUGAAAGAGCUAGACUCGAUGUUAAGCCGAAAAUUGACACGAGGAAUGGGAGAGACGGUUACUCGUGCAUUGAAGAGAGUAUGUGACAAACAUAACUUUGACAAAUAUGAUGUUGAUGCAAAGAGAGUUUUAGAAGUUUGUGAACACAUCAAAAAUGAUGAGGGACUAGAAGCUUUCCUGAUUACAGAGUAUGGUAGAAAGCAUGCUACUGGGAAAUAUACUCAAACUUACCUUGAUAUUUCACAAACUAUAUGCAGUACUGUUAUCAAAGCCUGCCGACAAGCUGGUACUCUUGAAAUCAAUGAUGAGGAUGGUGGAAUAAUUUACGACCCUGUGAUCAAGGAUUUUUUCGUUAAAGAAGGGAAGAAAGUUCGAACACCAAAACCAAUACAGGAGAAGAUACCUGACCCCAAUCAGACAGCGGAUCGUGCUGAUGAUGUAAAACCAAGAGAAGAGCGGAAGAUGAACGUAGAACAAGCAAGAGAGGUUAACAUAGAUAGUCAUGAUGAACUUUAGUUUGAUACGUUUUUAAUAGAAGAAGCACCAGUAUAACUGUAAGGCAAUAAACUAAACUGAUUUUGAAACAAACCUAUUAGGUAGAUAAGAAAAAUUAGACAGUAUGAUUACAGAGUCUUAGAUUUUUAUAAAGUUUUUGUGUUAAAUUAAUUGCUUAAAUUGUGUAAGAAAUUUAUCAAUUGAGUUUCCCUCAAAACUGAGCAUCAGAUGGUUUCACAAUUUUUCAGGUUAUUUCAUAGUUAUAGAAAAAAAUGAUGCACUUGAAUUUUCAUGUGUUUUUUUUUUUUUAAUUUUGUUUUAUUUAAGUUACGAUGGUAGACGAUUUGAUAGAUAAAACAUAAUUUUAUUUCUAAAACAUGUAGAUAUUAUGUAAAUUAAAGUAUUAUAAAACAAAUACUGUUGCAACUAAAAUGUCAACUCAGACAUAAAACAUUUGAAGUGAUUUGAUGCAGAAAAAAAAGAGUAAGUAUACACAGUUCAGCCUAAUAUGUUGGAAUAGAACACAAAUAAUAUUUUAUGUGCAAUUCAGUAAAUUUUGUUUAUUUUUUGCUAUAGAACUGAAACUUUAAAUAAGCAAUACAUAUCAUUUUGACAACCCACAUUUCUUGUCAGAUAUUUCUGUGAUAUUUUUUUUUGUACGCAUUAAAGUAUUAUAAAUUGAUCUGAUUUGUCGAUAUAUACACUUCUCAUUCCAUUCAUAUGUACAUAGAAUAGACAUAUACAUUCUAUAUUCAAAUAUUUGAAGUCUGUGAUAGCAAUUUGAGUAGUACAAAUACAUUUUAUACAUUUGUAGGUAAAUUUCUAAGGUUAAUACCUUAAUUUCUUUUUUUUAAAGUGAAUUGGUCUUUAGUAAAAUAUCUGUAAUACCAUAAACAAUUAUGUUGAUAAUGUUGAUAGUAUUCAGUAUCAUACAAGAUAAAUAUUCAGUAUCAUACAUGAUAAAUAUUCAGUAUCAUACAUGAUAAAUAUUCAGUAUCAUACAAGAUAAAUAUUCAGUAUCAUACAUGAUAAAUAUUCAGUAUCAUACAUGAUAAAUAUUCAGUAUCAUACAUGAUAAAUAUUCAGUAUCAUACAUGAUAAAUAUUCAGUAUCAUACAUGAUAAAUAUUCAGUAUCAUACAUGAUAAAUAUUCAGUAUCAUACAUGAUAACAAACCACAAAAGAAUAAUAUAUGGUUGUUCUUGGCAAGUGUUAGAUACAUGAUCCGAUAUGACAUAUCAAUAUAUAGCAAAUAAUGAAGUGUUCUAGAACAAAAUAUUAUUUUUCAUCAUAUAUAUAUGUUCAUACUUAAUCACUUUAGAAGUUUAUCAACAUUCUGUUAUCCAGAAAUAUCUUUAUUGUUUUUAUCAGAAUUUGAAAUACUCACGAAAAAUAUGCCAAUUGAUACCACCCCCCUUUUAAGUAAAUUUACAGUUGUAUUCAAUUUUUUUUCAUGCUCAUAUGAGGAGUGUUCAAUAAAUUAGCAGUAUUGCUUUAUUACUGAAAGUUGGAAUAGAAAAUGAAGAAACAAAUUACAUCAUGUGAUACAUUGACCUAUGACUAAAAUAAAGUUUAAACAUUAUUAUCUAUACUCAUUGAACAAUAAAGUUUACAUUAGACAUUGAACAAUAGUACUAUGGUACUUUGUAGUACUUAAAGCACAUUGAAAUCAAUAUUGGGUCACUCUGACAUUACCUAAAUGUCAAAGUGUAAUGUCCAGUUAACUUUCUUGACAUAAUCACUACCUGUGGCAGCACACUUUAUGUAUGUGUACCUAUAUUGGGCUUGUCUGUAAGUAGACUCUGCACUGUGUAAUAUGAGAGAUAUAGUUGGUCAACAAUACCUCACAGGGUCACACCAUCUAUUAUAAUUUUGUAGUUCUUAAUCUAAUGCUGUGUUUCCAACAGUGACUCUUAAUAUCAUCUGACCUUAACUAUUUUCAUCCAAACAUUGAAGUGGUAUAAUCCUUGAACUGCUCAUAUAUUCGAAAAGUUUUUACUACAUUUUUUUACAGGGUACUUGAUGUGUUUAUUUUUUUUUAAUGUAAGGCAUAUUUUAAGUGUAUAAAGCUGUAUAUACUUCCAUGAAAGCAAAUUGCCCAAGCAUCAUUAUUUAAAACAGUAACAUAAUAUUUUGUUCCAGAUUACAUGAAUUUUAUUCUGUAUACCUACAAUAUUUAUGUCUGUUAAAUAACAGACAUUCUAUGUUACAAUUUUUUUUUGAAAAUGACCAUGUUCAGAUUAUGUAAACAAUAUACUGUUUACUGUUAAUAAAUUUUAUAGGAAUAUUUAAUCAGAUAUUGAUUUUCACCCUUUAAACCAGUUAAGUAAAUAAUUAAGUUGCAAUUUCUUUGUCAGAUAUUUAAUGAAAAAUAAUUGAGAUAUACAAUGAAAAAUAAUUGUCUGAUAUACAAUGAAAAACAAUAGUAUCAUGAUUUAGGGGAUAAUUCAUUCAAUGUAUUUAUGAAAAUUGUUUUUUGUAAUCCUUUCAAUUUUUGCAAAAUAAUACAUGUAGAUUGUUCUCUGUAGAUGUAUGUGUUACAUUCUUUCCUUUUUACUUAAAAAUCAAAUAUAAAAUAUGGCAAAAAUCAAACAUGUUUUAUUAUAUUGUUUUGUACAGAUUGUAGCAUUAUAAUAUAUGUUUAUUUUAUUUGUUAUGUAUUCAAUUUUUGUUGUUGUUUUUAAAUUCUCCAUGUAUGAAAAUAUCUGAGAGGUGUCCGUGGCUGAGUGGUUAAGAUUGUUGACUUUAUACCACUUGCCCCUCACUGCUGUUGGUUCAACAGGGACUUUGGAUUCUUUUAUGUGAGGGAGCUAUCCAGCUAGCUUACCGAAUAUAAGUGAUUCUACUCAGGUGCCAGUAUGUGCUUGGAAGGGCACCAAAGGUUUUCAUCAGAAUUUUUUAUAUUUUAGGUGUUAAAGCAUUUAUUUCAAUGUUUAUUUGUUAUACCAGACUGGUAUAUAGGGGUUCUUUUUUAUUUUCGUUAUACAUGUAUGUGCUUUAUUUUUCUACCAGUUAUGCAAUUCUUGUUUUUCUUGUAUUAGAUCUUUUUGUGUGACAUGAGAUUAGAAAUUGUUAAUAUAUCACUUUUCUUUUCUUUUUUGAAUUAGUAGUUGUGUUGCAUUUGUCAAAUAGUUGCUGUUAAAAUAAAGUAGUUAAUAUCUUAA